AUGUCUGCAUAUCACUCGGCGGGCCAGGACGGCCGGUUCGUCGACCAAGAGACUCCAAAACCCCAUCUCUCAGCACAGUCGAUGCCGGUUCCAGUAACCUCGCCUAGCCCCUUACACGAUGGCCACCAACUUCCCCCCGCCUACAGAACGAGCCGGAGCAGCCUCAGCGUGCUCGCGGCGUGGAAGUGGGACUUCGUCGCCCUGGUCACGGCCCUGGGGCUGUUCGCCGCCAUGAUGGCGCUCCUGAUCCGGCAGAACAACCGGGCGGUCGACGACUGGUCCUUCUUCCUCAACCUCAACUCGACCAUCGCCCUGCUGUCCACCAUCUACCGGGCCGUCAUGGUGGCCAUCGCCGCCAACGUGGUGGCGCAGUCCAAAUGGGUCGCCUUCUGGUCCGCGCCCGCGGCCAUGCCGCUGCUGCACCUGCAGUACCUCAACAGCGCGAGCCACAGCGUCUGGGGCGCCGUGCGCGCCCUGCCCAUCGCCGCCCGGCGCAGCGUCCCGGCCCUGGUCGGCGCCCUCGUCAUCGUCGUGUCGUUCGCCGUCGGGCCCUUCACCCAGCAGUCCCUGGGCACCGCGACGCGCGAGUCCAACCUGUCCGGCGGCACGGCCUCGCUCCCGAUCGCGCGCGCCGUCGACGGGAACAACACCUACUACCGGGACCUGGGCGGGUCCGGCGGCUUCGGCAUGUUCACGUUCAAGUCCGACGUCCGCGCCCGCCUGCUCACGGCCCUGGCGAACCCGAGCAGCAACGACUCGGCCAUCGUGCCCAGCUGCACGUCCGGGAACUGCACCUUCCCCAGCUGGGAGACGGGCGCCGAGUACCACCCGGACAGCGAGGUCACCCACGCCACGGCCGGCAUGUGCAGCGCCUGCGCCGACGUCGGGUCCCUGGUUACCAAGGCCCACGGCAAUAGCAGCGUCCCCGGGCCCGACGUCUGGAUGCUCCCGAACGGCGUCAACGUGACCGCCUUCGACCGGGCCAACUGGCUGACGGUGCAGCCGACGCGCAACCUGAGCUGGGCGCAGCCCGUCAUCCCGGAGGACCAGGCGGCCGCGUUCCGCUGGGCCUUGGUCAACGUCACGGUGCUGACGCUCGCGUAUUCGACGUGGCCGCCGGGCGCCGAGGAGCACCGGCCUAGCCGGCCCGUCGCCGUCGCCUGCUCGCUGUACCCGUGCGUGCGCGCCUACGCGGGCGCCGUCAGCAAUGGCCGCCUGGUCGAGACCCUGCUGCAUGAGGUCCCCAUGUACCCAGACGUCGGCAACUACACAGGCACGGACCUGACCGAUGAGAACUCGCCGUAUGUGGGCGUCGCCGGGAACGUCCCGGGGUCCGAGGCGCAUCUGGCGGCUGUGCAGUCGCCGUGCCUCGUCAACGGCAGCGUCUACGACGCGGGCAACUUCUCGACGGCUGGGGCGGGAGCCACGACCGACGUCCGCGUCCUAUCCCCCGAUGCUGCGGCGGCCGGAUACCCCGGCGGCCGGGUGCCGCCGCAGUGCGUGUUCCGGUUCAACACCUUCUUCGCGCACAUGGUGUCGGGGUUCCUGUCGUCGCGGGUGCUGACGGGCACGUGCAGCUGGGACACGCGGCAGGGCGAGAGCAUCACCUGCGACGACGCCUACUGGCUGGCGCAGUUCUGGGAGCUGAGCCGUGCGACGCCGGCCUCGGUGACGGGCCGAAUGGCCGCGUUCGCCGAGGCCACGACGCGGCAGUUUCGACUCGGGCUCGGGCUUUCGGCUGAUGCCCCAGAAGGGGAGGGGGAGGGCCAGCAGCAGCAGGCCGUCCUGGGCAUGGUCAACCGCGUCGACGGCGUCGCACUGCGCACGGCGCCCUUCGUCGUCAUCGACUGGCGCUGGAUGAUCUUCCCAAUCGCGUUGCUGGCGCUCGAGAUGCUUGCCCUGGUUUGGGUCGUGUUGCGCAGCCUGCGCCACCGCAACGAGGAGAUGGUUUGGAAGGGCAAUCUGCUGCCGCUGCUUUACUACAAGGACCGGUUCGUGGACGGGGACGGGGCGAGUAGUCUGGGGGUGCCAUCCGGCCCGACCUCGUCAGCGCAUCGGGGCCCCUUGAUGACGGCGAGCGAGAUGGAGAAGGACGCUGCGGGUGUACACGUAAGGCUGUUGCGGGGAGACUGUGGGAAUAACGAGUACGCAGGCAUACCUCUGAGGAAUCUUGAGAACCCAGACCAGGACUCUCUACUGCGCAAUUAG